GAAAAAUAGAUUAAAAGGAAAUCUUUUUUAAUAAGAUUGAGAGAGAGGGAGGCCAUCUCGACAAGAGAGGAACCCAAUCGAGAGAGAGAGAGACAGAAAGAGAAUGGGAUGUCUUGAGAAUGAACAAAACAUCCUCUGUUUCUCUUGUCUUUGUCCCUUUUCCUAGAUCUUAAGGUUUUCCAUAUUUUGUAAAUCAUCUGGGUCCUCUCUCCAAAAAUGAUUUGAAGAUACUCAAUUCCGAUUUGACCGGGGACUUGGAUUCUGUUUUCAGACAAAAAAAAAAAAGAAAGAGCAAAAGAUGGAAUCUGCAUCGGAUCUGGGGAAGCUAUUCAUCGGCGGGAUCUCGUGGGACACAGAUGAAGAACGACUCGGAGAGUAUUUUAGCAAGUACGGAGAUUUAGUCGAGUCUGUGAUCAUGAGAGACCGUGCCACGGGACGUGCACGUGGCUUUGGUUUCAUCGUCUUUGCAGAUCCUUCUGUCGCUGAGAGAGUCAUCAUGGAUAAACACAUCAUCGAUGGCCGCACGGUCGAGGCGAAGAAAGCUGUUCCACGGGAUGAUCAUCAGCAAGUGCUAAAACGGCACGCUAGUCCAAUGCACCUUAUCUCACCUAGUCACGGUGGGAGAACAAAGAAGAUCUUCGUUGGUGGUUUACCAUCGAGCAUCACCGAGGCAGAGUUCAAGAGCUACUUUGAUCAGUUUGGUACGAUCGCUGAUGUUGUGGUGAUGUAUGAUCACAACACACAGAGGCCACGAGGGUUUGGGUUCAUCACUUUUGAUUCGGAAGAGUCUGUGGAUAUGGUUCUUCACAAGACCUUCCACGAGCUUAACGGCAAAAUGGUUGAGGUUAAAAGAGCAGUGCCAAGGGAGCAGCCUUCCUCAGCGUCUGUUAACCGAAGCCCGGUUCUUGGGUUUGUUGGUGGAGUAGUCUCUUCUAAUAGGUCAUCUGGUGAUAGCUACUUCAGUAGUUUUGCUCCUGGCCGGUUUAGUCCUAUUGGUAGCGGUAGAAAUGAUUUCUCUAGCUUUGGUCUUGGCUUGAAUCAAGAACUGAGUUUGAAUGGAAACACACUUGGUUAUAAUAGCCGGAUCCCUGGGGGGCAAUACUUCAACAACGCUUCUUCACCAAACCGUUACAACUCUCCAAUUGGAUUCAACAGAGGCGACUCUGCUUACAACCCCAGCAAUAGAGACUUGUGGGGAAACAGUCCAGGCCUGAACUUGGGUGUCUCUGUUGGUAACAGCAGCAACAGAGGAAACUGGGGGCUUUCUGAUACUAAUGCCUAUGGGAGAAACUUUGGGACGGGGUCUGGACUUUCUGCGUUAACAUUCUCUGGUAACAACAACACAAACGGUUUUGAUGGGUCUAUAGGGGAGUUGUACAGAGGCAGCUCGGUUUAUAGCGACUCAACGUGGCAGCAGAUGUUGCCUCAUCAGUCUUCUAAUGAGUUAGAGGGCUUGUCUCGCUCUUAUGGGUUUGGCAUUGGCAAUGUAGGCUCAGAACCAUCUGGUAAUGCCUCUGAGGGUUACCCUGGAAGCUACAGUGUUGGAGGAAAUAGACAAACAAAUAGAGGUAUUGAAGCAUAGAGAAAAAUCAAUGAAGAAAGUGAUACUUGUAGAUCAAGAAACAAGCAGAGUUGUAAUUUAGUAUCAUCAAAGUAGAGAAAGAGAUACCAACUUUUUUCGUCACAGUGAGUUUCUGUUUUUUUUUUUAAUUAAUUCUUCUGUAUCUAAUUCUUACAUAAAGAUAAAGAUCAGAUAAGUAGCUGCAAAGAUGCAAAGAUGGGAUGACUAAAAGAAUUGGUUUCUUCGUUUGUCUCCAUAGUAAUAACUAGAGAUCGUUGAUUCUCGAUCACUAUAUUUCUUUAGGUUUUCACUUCUUCUUCCUUCAAGAUUCUUCAUGCUGUGUGCUCUGUUUGUAACUCUAAUUGUUACCUUUUGUUUCUUACAUCUAUUUUUUCUUCCUUUGGUAAACUUUGGAUUUGAAUU